AUGGCACACGCAAGCUACCUCAGUGCCCGCCAGGAGUCGGCGUCGCUCGACGUCUCCUUCAGCUUCACCCUCGACAACCUGCGUGCGUUCUUCGUCCCCCCCGCACCCGCCGCGCGUCGCCCCUUGCCCCCUCCCCCUCCCCCGGAAGGCGACCCAGAAGCUGAAGAGCAAUAUGAAGAAGAACAAUAUGACGACCCAGUAGAUGUCUAUGCUGAGCCGCGGUCGACCGGGGUGCUCUGGCCGGGGCUCGUCCUCAAGAUCUCGCGCUCGUCGGAGGGCUCCUCCUCGCGGCAGCGCAAAGCACGCCUGGCGAUGUACGAUGCGGACCCGGGCAGCUGCUCGUCCGUGCUGGGCAUGCCCGGCAUGCAGGUCACCGCGACCGUGCACUCGCUCAGCGGGCAUACGUAUGCGACACGCGCACUCCGCCGGGAGCGCGCAGAGGGGGGAGGGGGCCGCGCAAUCGCCUAUGCGGGCACGAUACUCGCACAGAGAACGUUCGAGUCGACGGACCGGAUGCUUGCGGAGAAUGCGGUCGUUGUGCGGGUGAGCGUCAAGGCCGGGGCCGCGGCGGUGUCGCCGAGUGUGUCCAGGAGCAGCAGCGCGAAGAAGGAGGAGGAGAGUCCGAGCGUGAAGCCGAGCCCCAGUGCGAGGCCUACGCUGGAGCUGAUACAUAGAGUGUUGACGGCAAAGCCAGUGGGUCGGACGCGGUUCAUUGUGUUCAGGAGGCGGAGCUCGGAGGGGAAGGUCACCUGUCCGAGGGUGUUCUACGCGAAUAUGGAGGAGCUAGCGAUGUGGUAUGAGCGGUGCGAGUCACUCCUGGAUGUUGAAACGCACCUGGAGGGCUUCGAGCUGCCGAAGGGCGAACGACUCGACAAGUACAACCUUAAGUCGGAGGAUGGGGAGCCGGACAGUGAUUUCGAGCCGGACGAGGAGGAGGAAGACGAGGAUGGCGAUCUUGUUGUCAUCAAGAGCGAGCCGCGCGAGUCCCAGAAGCAAGGAUAUCAGUACCCGCCGUUGUCACUGGCAGCAGACAUGGCGAGGGCCUCCAUGAAGGACGAGCUUGAGGGCCAGAUUAUCGACGAUGAAGACCCGAUGCUGGCGUCGACGAUGUCGUUCGAGAUGGUGCUGAACAAGCGGGAGGAGGGCUACGAGCUCUACGGCGAGAACACGUUCGACGGGACAACGAUCGUCCUCCUCGGCGCUGCCUCCCGCACAUGGGAGGCACUGUUGUACUACCUGUACACGGGUAUCAUCGAAUUCGCGCCGCUCAAGGUGCAACGCGUGGCUCCGCGGCCUGGGGCACUCGCAAGUCAGAAUAUCGGCAACGUUGCUGUGGUAGUAGAGGAGACGAACCGUCCACCUCCCGCGUCAUGCCGGUCUAUCUACAGGCUCGCGCAUAAGUUAUCGCUCGACGGCCUGCGGAAGCUGGCGCUGCACCACCUCGAGUCGCAGCUCACGCCGGACACCGUGCUGACAGAAGUGUUCAGCCCGUUCACCGCACAGUACCCCGAGAUUAAGCAGCUCACGCUCCGCUCGGUCGUGCGCUACUGGGACACGCUCGCCGCGAGCUCGGCGUUCCGAAGCAAGAUGGUGGAAGUGACGAGCGGGCGCGUGCCUCACGCGGCGGAUGUGAUCAGCGAGAUUAUGGUCAGGGAUUUCAGUCUUCCCACUCCUUUUAGGGUCAGCGCUCCUGAUAACACCGACGCCGCCAAUCUCGUCUAG